AUGAGAUUCACAUCGUUACUACCAAUUUCCUUCAUCCUCUUCAUCAUCUCUAUAAUUUCGAUUCCUGACCAAGCGUUCGCUCUGUCCUGUCGUGAUCACUACUAUCCAUUCACUCACAAAUCUAGCAAAAAAGUUAGCUGCGCUAUUACAGAAAAACAAGAGUUCGAUCAGAUUAAAUCAUCAUCAAAUGCCACCGCUUUAGCUCCUAAUAAAGCAUUCAUAAUUGACUUUCAUUGUGGUGUUAACAAUGCAACGCUAUGCGCACAGGCACAAAGUGCAUUUAACGCUGUAGGUGUGAGAAUUGCUUCAGUUAUUCAAUUUAAUACUCCUUUAAGGGUAAAUGCCACCUUCACGAAUUUUUGCACCGCCCUCGGUGAAUGUCCAACCCCGGGGGGAGGAUUGAUUCUAGGAUCGGCUUCCCCCGCAAGAACAAUACCGUUACAAGACAGCGAUGGGGUAAUUAGGUAUUAUCCCCAAGCGUUAGUCAAGCAGAUGCAACUACCUAACCAUCCAUCAUUCGGUCCAUAUGACAUAACAGCAUUCUUCAACACUCAGGCGAACAUGUUCUUUCAAGGCGAUUCGACGAUUCAAUCCGAUCAAUUUGACUUCGAAUAUAUUGUUACACACGAAUUUAUUCAUGGACUAGGGUUCGCGUCGUCUUGGAGAAAUUAUUUAACCGAUACUCCUAUACUGUUGACUCCACUCCCGGAUUUUCUAAACGACGUCACCAGCGAUAAUUCGCCCGUGGACUUUACGGGUUUUGAUGAGUUGGCCUUUGAUCGAUACAUGCAAUUAACAGAACCCGGAAAAGCUCCAGUGAUGAUGACUUCAUUAACUAAGAAAAUAAAUUCAUUUACAAAAAUCGGUACUCAAUUCGCUACAGCAAAUGACUUGUUGAAUACCUUCGCCAACUCCCCACAAUUUAAUCUCAGUCAACAGCUAAUGUUUGAUGCCGAAACUCCGCACACAAUGAGUUUCCUGACGAAUUCUAACGAUUCAGUAACCCUUGAGACAAAAUUAAAUCCUUUUGAAGAUGGUUCCAGUGUUAGUCAUGUGGAUACACUUUAUAAAUCAACGUCCGAUUUUCUGAUGGCAUUUUCUGCCUUCAACGGUGUCACUUUAGAUGAAGUUAUAAGUAAAACUAAUGGCACUUCAGCAUUAGGUCCAAACUUGCUCAAAGUACUUGAGACGUUGGGCAUUGACCUUAUGGCAAUACGUGUUAUAACUGUGCCGUUGGAAUUCCAGAAUGGAGCGAGUUUCAUUUGGGAAGAAAUUACGAGGGAUGGAAUUUGGGAGAAAUGGUCUACUUAG